AUGAUGGACUUUGAUCUCUUGGAUGAUGCGGAGGAAAUCCUGCAGCCACUCUGUCUCUGCUUUAAUCAAGACUAUUCACGUGUUGGCGUGGGCCAUCAUAAUGGAUACGUCAUCUACCGUAUUCACCGCAAUACUCCUACUACUCCUAUUAUUACUACUACAACUACAACGACUAAAACUAAUAGUAAUAGUAAUAAUACUACUACUACUGCUAGUAUGAUGCCUAGUACGAAUAUUACUGUUACUACAAAUACAAAUACCGGUACGAGUGGAGGAGGAGGAGGACAAACUUCUACUAAUACUACUAAUACUACUACUACUGCAAAACCGCCUUUCUACACAACUGUGGAGGCGGUCUUUCCACCGCGGUGUACCACCACGAGUACAUCUCCCGUUGUGUGGGAAGUCCCAGUCGCAUCUGCAGAAGACCACAACACUGAAGAGGAACGGCGGAGUGUGGAGGCGUCCAAUAUUUGUUUGACGGAAUGCAUUCAAGAGAAGUCAACGGAACGGUUGCUUGGAUUUAUGGCAAAUGCCUUUCAACAGGAGGAAAAGGAAAAAGAAGAAAAUGAAGAAAAAGAGGUAGAAGGGAUGGAAAGGGAAAAAGAAGAGGCAUGUGAAUCUGAUAAGAAGAAGGAAAUAAAAAAUGAAGGAGAGGCACAUCUCUCAGAGAUUGAAAUAGACACUGGAGGAUUUUCCGCGGCUCGCUUCUCCGAUAACUCCACUCAUACCCACACCGCAACGAUCUCCUAUACAGAUCAACAGAAGCGGAAAGGACUAGAAGAAGGAAUAGAAGCAGAAGAAGAAGAAGAGAGAGAAUGUCCAGUUCUCGCACCCCGUGAGAGUGGAGUUGGUGUAAUGGCAUUACUUUACAAAACUCAUUUUGUUGCGGUUGUGGGCGGCGGUCCGUAUCCCGUUGGUCCCCGCAAUGUUGUGAAACUCUUCGUUCUUGGGAGUCUCUGGGCAGACCGUACGGUGCGAGUACCGGAUAUUGUGCAGGGACUUCAUUUGGAUCAUCGUCUAAUGAUUAUUCUCACCACCGCACAACUGCGAUUGCAUAGUUUUGAGACUGGACAAUGUGUGUUUGCACUGCCAGUAAAUAAUGAGAACAUUUCCACAAGUGGUGGUCUCGCAGCUUCUAUUCCAUCUAUGCUUGGUACAGCUGCUCCACUUGCCUCUACUGUGUUAUUUCAAAAUAACAGUAAUCAUUAUAUACAUGAGAAUAGUAUGAAUACGGUUGGUAGUACCAUAGAUGCGUCUACUGGAGUCUCUACGGUUUCGGCUGCCGCCUUACGUUCUUCUGUGCCGCUAGCUGUGGAUUACAAUAAUAAAUAUCUUGUCUUUCGAAGUUCAUUACGUGGGUUUAGUCUGGUGCGGUAUGAUACAGACUCAUCCCUCUGCAGUCGAAUAAAGACGGAAUUACUGGCAACGGUUCCUGAUGCCCAUGAGCACACAGUUGCCUCUUUGGCGAUGUAUAUUGGUAAUGAAUUUGUAAGCAAUUGUGGUAGCAAUAGGAAUGAUAAUAACAGUAAGCUUCUUUCUUCUAUCACUUCUACGAAUACAGUUGCAACGAAUACUGGUUAUGGUUGCAGGAAUGUAUUGAUUGCAACAAGCAGUGAACAUGCAACACUUAUACGUAUCUGGCGGUAUUGUGAAAAUUGUGAAAAACCAGAAACGUUAUCUUGCAGUGGAAUUGCUGAUGCUGAGGUUCACUCGGCAGCAAAUAAGGAUACCCAUCCUAAUAAUAAUGAUAAUAAUAAUAAUAAUAAUAAUAAUACUUCUAAUGAAAACCAUCUUCCAGGUUAUUUUGUAAAGGUAAAAGAAGUUCGCAAUGCAACCCUUCCAACACCCAUAUUUCAAUUACAAUUUCUUGGAGAUAAUUUCCUUUUUUGUAUUGCGUGGAAUACCAUCAAAGUAUUCUUUAUUGGUGAAGUGGAGGAACCUAAACCAUAUGAUGUGAGUAUAAGGGAUCAAAGUAAAUGUAUGCGAGCUCAGAAUAUUCACUCCUCUCUCUAUCGUCUUGGUAUGGUAUCUGGAUACUUUAACUCGGAAUGGGCCGCCUGUGAGUGUCCAUUGCCAUUACUGGACGAAGUCUUUCUUCCAAAGUGGGUUCACGCCGCUACUAUGGAAUUACGCCAACAUCUUUUGCGUGGUGUAUCUUCUCGUAAGAAAUCAAAUGAUUUCUCUCGAGAAACAUCUGAAGUUGGAAUUGUCAAUCCUCCUCAUCAUCAUCCUCAUCCUCACCACCCUUCCUCCUCAUCAUCUCGAGAGAGUACAGCUUCCGAAGAGACCCCGCAGGAUGUGUUAGCCGCCUCCUCUUUAAAUAAUGUCUCUACUGGUGUGAGCAGCAGAAAAUACUGGGGUGGAUAUUUACGGCAAUAUCUCUCACUGCCGGUGGCUCCCGUGAUGGAGACGGCCACUCGAGUGGCAAGGCGAUAUUGGAGCGGCAGUGAAAAUGAAAUCAAUACCGGUAUGAUGAAUCUAUCGGGUACUGCGGGAGAAAAGAAAACAGAUCCUGUGAGUGGAGUUAAAGGUGGUAAUAAUAAUAAUAAUAAUAAUAAUAAUAAUAAUAUUAAUAAUGAGCGAGAUUACUCCACCAUGACAGAGGUGGCACAGGCAUUGGUGGUCUGGUGGGAAAGACCGGCUUAUAGACAUGUGGAUUACAUGACCAGUGCCGCUCUCCGCAAUCGCGAUGGACCACACGAUACUUUACUUCCGACAAUGGGAACAUCAGAGGCGAUGACACUUUAUUGUGUAACUUGCGAUGGAUCCGCUAUCAGUUUUGAGUUUGAUCCCAUGAAGGGGAGUAUUACUUGUAGCGAAGCCGUGCCAGUUGCAAAUGCAGAGAAUUGA